AUGGCGGAAAUCGCAGCAGGUAUUUGUGCAAAGCCUAAUUUUCGGUACUGGUUAGCUGAACAUCCAAUAAUUUUGAGCUUCAGAUGGGAUCAUAAUGUCUGGGGAUCUUCCUUCGUCUUUCUCGCUUUAUCCGUUUUCGCCUUCCUUCUCUUGGUUCUGUUCCUCAAAAUCGCCAUGAAAUUCCGCUCCAAGCCUCUGCCUUUAGGCCGGAUUCCUGCAAUUCAUAACUUUAUUGUUCUGGUGAUGUCUGUAAUAAUUUUGGCCGGAUAUUGGGAGGCCACGGCAGUGGAAUUGAGGGAAACGAGAUGGCUGUGGAGAAAGCGAAGGGUUGUGGAAUGGCUGAUCUGUUUUCCGCUCGGGAUUCGUUCCACAGGGAGGGUUUUCUUCUGGUCUUAUGUCUUUUAUCUCACAAAAUACUUUGAAAUGAUGGAUCUUUUGAUUCAAAUUCUCGCAAAACAGUCUGUAACAUUUUUCCACAUCGUGAGCGGUGUAGCGCCAGUAUUUGUGUGCUUCUUCUGGCUUGAAUUCUCUCAGUCUCUGCAAAUAUUAUACAUCGUGAUGGACACCAUUACGAAUGUGAUUUUAUACGGCAAAUUUUUUUUCGGCGGUGACGAAGAAUCGCAGCGGCCGUUUCCUCGAUGCACGAGCCUUGCCACGCGGUGUAGAAUUUUUGAGUUCGUGGUGACGAUCAUGGCGAAUUUGUGGGUUGCGUGGUUGCAUUUGAGAAAGGAGGGUUGUAAUGGAAUGGUGGGAUGCGUUUUAAAUGCGUGCUGGAAUGUCAUAUUUUUUCUGUUUUUUCUGAGAUUUUCAGGCCGCCAGUCGACUGCGCGCCACCCGCCGGCUGUCAAGGAAGGAUAA